AGUGGGAGUACCAAAGUUUGUGGCAGAGAAAAGAAGUUGAGUAUCAAACAAGUAAAAUAUUACAAGGGCAAAUCUCCUUCAUUCGCCGGUGCCGGUAACCGAAACGAUUUUCAGGCUCCAACGAUAUUCUGGUUGAACAAGGAAACGGAGAGAAAUGGCGUCGUGGAAUUCGAUUCCGCUUCAGAUCACCUACGAAGCUCUGGGAUGGUUCGCCUUCCUUUCCUGGUCCAUCAGUUUCUACCCUCAGGUCAUCUUAAAUUUCCGCAGAAAAAGUGUCGUGGGUCUGAACCUCGAUUUCGUGCUGUUAAAUUUGACCAAGCACUCAACGUAUUUGAUAUACAACGCCACGCUUUACUUCAGCUCCGCUGUUCAGAAACAGUACUUCGAGAAGUAUGGUUACGAUCAGAUGAUACCUGUCGCUGCAAAUGAUGUUGCUUUCUCAGUACACGCUGUUCUAUUGACGGCAAUCACCUUGUUCCAAAUUGUAAUCUAUGAUCGUGGAACUCAGAUAGUUUCCAAAAUAUCUUUGACAAUUGUGACUGUCGUAUGGCUUUUUGCAGCAAUUUGUUUCUUCAUUGGUCUGUCCAACCAUUCCUGGCUCUGGCUAAUUUCCAUAUUCAACUCAAUUCAAGUAUUUAUGACGGCUAUUAAAUACAUACCUCAGGCAAUCAUGAACUUUUUGCGGAAGAGCACCGAUGGAUUCAGCAUUGGCAAUAUACUACUCGACUUUCUGGGAGGGGUGGCAAAUUAUGCACAGAUGGCAGUGCAGUCCGUAGAUCAAAAUUCGUGGGUAAACUUUUAUGGCAACAUUGGCAAGACAUUGCUCUCUUUGAUAAGUAUAUUCUUUGAUCUUCUUUUCAUGCUUCAACAUUACGUGCUAUAUCCUGGGAAGAAACCGGUUGUGUCUCAGAAAGUCGAUGAAGAGAGCAGGGAGGCACUUAUUACCCCUCCAGAUCGUCCAUAGUUGGAAGAUUUGCAAGGUUAGGAUCCUGUGAUGUGUAUAAUAACAUUACUCCAAAGGCUCCGACUGAUACGUGAAGAAGUUUGGCUGUGUCAACUUCUAUAGAUAAAACCAUUUUCGUUGAAGCUUGACAAGUAAAUAUAAACAUAUUUAGUGGUGAGUACUCCUUUGUGAGGGCAUUCAGGUGUUUUCUAGCUCUUAUUAUUCAUCUUUUUUAAUCUUGUGUAUAAAAGUUUUAGUUUUUGUUA